GUAGCUGCAAUUCAGAGCAGCGAGCAAUGUGCUAAGAAGCCCUUGCCAUUAGUUGGAUAUAAAAAGUGCCGUUGGUUGGUAGUCCUCUUAUAUGACUGAUUUUGAAUGCUGAUGGAUAUAUAUGAAACCAAAGAUUAGUACUUGCUUCUCCAAACUGAAAACAAGGCAAAUGCUGACAUUUGGCCCCAAUCAGAGAACAAAUACUGCUGGCACAAGUAAUGCAGAAUUACCCCAGGUUGAUCCCGGAAUGUACCAGCUAGACGUUACAUUAAAAAGAGGUCAUAACUUAGCGGCUCGAGAUAGGAGAGGGACAAGUGAUCCAUAUGUGAAGUUUAAAAUUGGUGGAAAAGAAGUCUUCAGAAGCAAAACAAUCCAUAAGACUCUCAAUCCUGUUUGGGAAGAAAAAACUUCAAUAUUUAUUGAACACUUAAGGGAGCAACUGUAUAUAAAGGUGUUUGAUUAUGAUUUUGGUCUUCAAGAUGACUUCAUAGGAUCAACAUUUUUGGAUCUCAGUUCACUAGAACAAAACAGGCCAAUUGAUGUUACAUUGAGUCUGAAGGAUCCACACUAUCCUGACGAAGAUCUUGGAAGUAUUUUAUUGACUGUGUUGCUGACACCAAAAGAACAACAGAGGGAAGGAACAAUGCUAAUGAGGAAGAGUUGGAAAAGAUCAAGUAAGUUUCAGACCCAGAGUAUACGGCUGUCAGACCUGCACCGGAAAGCGCAGCUAUGGAGAGGAAUAGUCAGCAUCACUUUGAUUGAAGGUCGUGAACUCAAGGCCAUGGAUCCAAAUGGGCUUAGUGAUCCCUAUGUGAAAUUCCGGCUGGGACAACAGAAGUACAAGAGUAAGAUUAUGCCCAAAACUUUGAAUCCUCAAUGGAGGGAACAUUUUGAUUUGCAUCUCUAUGAAGAACGAGGUGGAAUUAUAGAAAUUACAGUCUGGGACAAAGAUGCUGGAAAAAAGGACGAUUUUAUUGGCAGGUGCCAGGUUGACCUGUCAACUCUGAGUAAAGAGCAGACUCAUAAACUGGAGUUACCUCUGGAGGAGGGAGAGGGCUAUGUGGUACUACUCGUGACCCUGACUGCCUCAGCUGCAGUUAGCAUCUCUGAUCUCCCAAUCAGUGCCUUGGACGAUCCAAAGGAACAGGAAGAAAUACUGAAGAGAUAUAGUCUGUUACGGAUGUUUCAUAACAUGAAAGAUGUGGGAUUUCUCCAGGUGAAGGUCAUCAGAGCAGAAGGUUUGAUGGCAGCAGAUGUUACAGGUAAAAGUGAUCCCUUUUGUGUAGUUGAGUUGAACAAUGAUAGACUGUUGACUCACACAGUAUACAAGAACCUCAACCCUGAAUGGAACAAAAUCUUCACCUUCAAUAUUAAGGAUAUCCACUCAGUUCUUGAAGUGACUGUUUAUGAUGAAGAUCGAGACCGGAGUGCUGACUUCCUGGGCAAAGUGGCUAUACCGUUGUUAUCUAUUCAAAAUGGUGAACAGAAAGCCUACGUCUUGAAAAACAAGCAGCUGACAGGGCCAACAAAGGGGGUCAUCUAUCUUGAAAUAGAUGUGAUUUUUAAUGCUGUGAAAGCCAGCGUACGAACAUUAAUACCCAAAGAACAGAAGUAUAUUGAAGAAGAGAACAGAAUUUCAAAACAGCUUCUUCUAAGGAAUUUUAUCCGUAUGAAACGUUGUGUCAUGGUUCUCAUAAAUGCUGCCUAUUACAUAAACAGUUGCUUUGACUGGGAUUCACCACCAAGAAGUCUUGCUGCUUUUGUGCUCUUUCUCCUUGUGACUUGGAAUUUUGAAUUGUACAUGAUUCCUCUGAGUUUGUUGUUACUCCUGGCAUGGAAUUACUUCCUGAUCAUAUCAGGAAAGGAUAACAGACAACACGAUACAAAGGAGAUGAUAGUUGCCAAGAAACCCUUCCAUAUCUCUGCUUCAGUAGUGGAGGACAUGCUAGAGGACGAGGAAGAAGAGGAUGACAGAGAUGACAAGGACAGUGAAAAGAAAGGAUUUAUGAAUAAGCUUUAUGCCAUUCAAGAAGUGUGUGUCAGUGUCCAGAAUGUCCUCGAUGAAGUGGCUUCCUUUGGAGAAAGGAUAAAGAAUACAUUCAACUGGACUGUUCCAUUCUUAAGCUGGCUGGCCAUUGUUGCCCUCUGUGUGUUCACAGUCAUCCUGUAUUUCAUUCCACUGAGAUACAUUGUCCUUGUCUGGGGUAUUAAUAAAUUUACAAAGAAGCUUCGAAGUCCAUAUGCAAUUGAUAACAAUGAACUGCUCGAUUUCCUUUCCAGAGUUCCUUCAGAUGUACAAGUGGUGCAGUACCAAGAACUGAAACAUGACCUUACCCAUAGUCCAAGUAAGAGGAAGAAAAACAAUCCUGGCUAGCCAAUUUCGCGUGCUGAGGAGACCAGAAUCUGUUGUGGAGAGGGAGCAAAAUAAAGAGCCCAAGGCUUAAGGAGCUUCCCUUUCUCUAAGCUUUAUUUGUUUUGCCUUUUAAUCAUCAUGAGGAAAGAUGUAAAUACUGUAUCCUUUCAGUUGUACAGAACUGUGAUAAGGUUUUCAGGUCUAGCUUAUGCUGCUAAGGCGUUGUUACAUGAGAGAACUCGUUUGUAGCAUGAAUGUGAAAUGGUAAGUGAUAGAUGCAUAUGACUGGAUAUUCCUGCUCUGGUUAAUUUUAAAAAGCUAAAUUAACAUUCAUCCAUGUACCAUAUUUUUAAGCAAAAAGGAUUUUCACUUUUAAAAAUUAUAUUUUUUACAUUCCACCAGAAUUGAAAAGCAAAAAAGCUUGUUCAUGCAUUUUAUCAAAAGAAUAAUUAGUUUAGUUGCUGCUGUGAAUAACCAAACAUUUUAAAACUGACCAGAGCUUGCUUGGAAAAAGCGAAGUGUACACUAAAUGCAGAUGUCUUACUGGAUCUCCAAAGAUUAAAAGACAUUCUUAAAACUUGUAUCAUUCCACCAUAAGACUGAAAAAAAAAACGUAUCUAAAUACUGCCAGGUUUAUAAAUGACUGUAUAUCUAACUUUUUGUAUUGCCAUUAAUUGUGAUUUGUACUUAUUGGCCUACUAAACAAAACCAUAUUGCUUCAGGUGUCAGGUUAUGAACACCAUUUGUGCACAUUAAAAAAGUACUAUUUUAUGUUUGCUUCCUAACUGGAAAAAUUUUAGGCUUAAUGGCAUAACACUUUAAUUGUUACUUUGUCAAAUGACAAUACAGUGUGGGCAGAAUGUAAAUAUCUAUUUUGUUUCUUUCUUUAAAUAAUUGGUUCCUCAGAUAUUUAAGUGCCCUGUUAGGUAGAAAGAGUUUUAUAAAAUUCAGCAGAUAUGAAGCAUGGUUUACAUUUCAGUAUGUUGCUAUAGUAUAAAGAGUAGCUAGGCUUAACCAGUGACUAGAGAUGGGCAGGAACCUCCAAAUUGGCAAUUUGUGCCAGUUUGUCCCUUGACUGAACAGGUGUUC